AACAUGAAGAGUAAGAAUACUGGCACUACUGAUUUGAGAGCUUUCAUGAAAAGAGUUGCUGCAAAAAGAAAACAACCUGAACCAACGAGUGCUACCCCAUCUUCCAAUGAAAGUCAGAUGCAAUUGGUAAUUUUUGAAGGGCAAAGUGGUAGUGAGACACACACAAUACCACCUGAACCUGAGAGAGCUCCUCACACAGAGGCCCCCAUAGCAGAAGAUGAUGAUGAAUCUAUGGCCCUAGAUGAAUCUGAUUCUAGUGAUGAGGAUAGUGAUGAUGACAUUUAUAACAUCGAGCCUGAUCCUGGGUUGAGGACUCCUAUCUCAAGCUAUGAUGUUAAUGAACGAGAUUCAGUUAGAAGGGCCUACAUUGCAUUGGGACGAUGUAAACCAAAGGUGCGGAAGAAAGAUUUUCCGUAACAUGACUGCGGAGGUAAG